UUUACAAUAUUGUGGAAUAAUAACACAUAUAGAUGUCAACUACACUGCAUGGAAAAAGUGUUGAGAAAUAAACAGCUUAUGAUUUAUUUAUAUUACACAUGCAUCCUCUUUAACGGGAACUUGCCCCCACCAAGAUGGCCGCCACGAAGGCACGUCGCUUUAGCAUGCCCUGUCUAGUCUAAUGUACAUCCACGGUGGUAGCAGCCUAGCGGAUUCACUUGUUAUCAUUGUAGCUGCGGCAGUGCUUGCUAGGCGAGGACUGCUCUCCUACUUCAGUACAGGCAAAUUAAAUAUAGAAACGAUAUUAUUAUCAGGAAAUAAUCCGAACAGCGGCCAUUGAGAAUACACCGCACUUGAUCAACGGCUGUAAAAAAAAAUAACAAUACGCGCUCGGCUAGCGUUCCUCUAUCAUCGCCACCAUUUUGGCUGCCAGUCAGUGAUGGAGCACAUCCGGACGCCAAAGGUGGAAAAUGUGCAUCUUUUGGAUCGUUCCCUGGGCCAGAGAAAGGCCAGAGUUGGGACACUCUACCUUUCUGCAACACACACCAUGUUUAUGGAGAAGCACCCAGAGGCAUCCAAGGAAAUCUGGGUAUUGCACAGCAUGGUGAGCAGUGUGGAGAGGUUGCCUACCACCCCAGCAGGUAGUCACCUUAUCCUGCAUUGCAAAGACUUCAGGAUCUUCCAGCUUCUUAUUCCGCAGGAGAAAGACUGUUUCGAUAUCCAUUCCUCAUUGUUGAGGUUGUCACGGCCAGAAAAGUACAGUGAGCUGUACUGUCUGUCCUCUAAUCCCAAUGUGAACAAGGAAGAAAGGGAAGAGUCAUGGAACUUCAUAGACCUCAUGGCUGACUACAAAAGAAUGGGUGUUCCUAAUAACCUGUGGGUUGCUACAGCAGCCAACAGCGAAUACAGGAUAUGUGAAACAUAUCCCUCGGAGCUGUUUGUUCCCAAGUCUGCCACACCCACAGUCAUUGUAGGCAGCGCAAGGUUCAGGAGCCGAGGACGAUUUCCCGCUCUGACAUACUUUCACCAAGACACUCUGGCGGCAGUGUGCAGGUGCAGUCAGCCUUUGUCAGGCUUUAGUGGACGCUGUCAGGAGGAUGAGAUGAUACUGCAAGCUGUGAUGAAAUCCAACCCCGGCAGUGACUACAUUUAUGUGGUAGACACAAGACCGAAGCUGAAUGCCAUGGCGAACAGAGCUGCUGGUAAAGGUUAUGAGAACGAGGACCACUACACCAACAUCAAGCUGCACUUCAUUGGCAUAGAAAACAUUCAUGUGAUGAGGAACAGCCAGCAGAAAAUUAUAGAUGUGACCGAGAUGCGAUCUCCAUCAAUGACUGACUUCCUUUGGGGUUUGGAAAACUCUGGUUGGCUAAAACACAUUAAAGCUGUUCUAGAUGCUGGAGUCUUCAUUGCCAAGGCAGUUGCUGAUGAAGGGGUCAGUGUGUUGGUCCACUGUUCAGAUGGUUGGGACCGGACAGCUCAGGCCUGCUCUGUAGCCAGUCUCCUUUUGGACCCGUUCUACCGCACCAUCAAAGGACUGAUGGUACUAAUAGAAAGAGACUGGAUUUCCUUUGGCCACAAGUUCUCUCACAGGUACGCCCACCUGGACGGCGAUCCUAAAGAGGUGUCCCCAGUCAUCGAUCAGUUCUUGGAGUGCGUGUGGCAGCUGUCGGAGCAGUUUCCAUGCGCCUUUGAAUUUAACGAGCGCUUCCUCAUCGCCAUACACACGCAUGUCUACUCCUGCCAGUAUGGCACUUUCCUGGGCAACUGUCAAAAGGAACGCAAGGAUAUGAGGCUUCAUAAACGGAGUCAUUCCGUGUGGCCCCAGCUGUGGCAGGACCGAGCGGACUUCACCAACUUACUGUAUAAGGCGGAGCUCAGUCAAUGUCAGGGUGUGCUGAGGCCCAACACCUCCCCCUACUGUUUCAAAAUGUGGAAGGGUCUCUACAACCACGUGGAGCGGUCGACGCCUCCUCGCCAGUCACCCGCCGACUUCCUGACUGCCGUGAGGGAGGAGUCCCAGCAGCUGGAGGAGGAACUGACCAAUCACCAGGAGAGGAUAGCUGCGCUGACAGGGAAGCCAAUCACGUGGGCGAAAGUCGAGGUUAAAAGGAGGAUCGCGCAGCCGAGACACCGCGGGCCGGACCCCCCCACGACGCACCAAGUCCCCGCACAGGAAGCAGUCAGUCAGAACGCUAAGACGAAGAACCCCUCUCUCUCUCCGCCCGCCCAGGUCAAGCACUUCAGCAGAGACCAUCGCCCCGUCUCUACGGACCCGGAAUCGGGCGCGGCGGUCCUGGCCGGGGACGAGUGCAAGGACCCAGAGACGGGGUUCACCACCGCCGGCGCCAAUUUCUUCAAACGCCAACAUUCAGAAAGAUUACAACAAUAGCGGAAAGAUGUUUCUCUUUGGGGAGAAAAAAAAUACUGUUUUUAUGAUUUGAAGUAUAUUUAAAACCUUGACAUGACUUACCCUCGCUAUUUGUCUGAAGGUGGGCUGGUCCUCGCUAAGACCAUCUGGGUCUCGUCGCUACCACUUGGAUUGUCUGUGGUGAGCAACUAAAACGUCCCUCUGGUGAUGAAGGCAAGGUGGGAGUUUGCCUGACUAUUUAAGAAAAUUGUGUGAUUUGCUGGAAGAAAUACAAUUUUGCUGUGGGGCAGGAAAAGUUGUGUAAGCCGCCUGAACUGAAAGUGAAAGUGAAAGUGAACGCUUACAUGAUUUACCGCUAAAAGAAAUCACUUGACUUGCUUACUUUACAGCAGGGGUGUCAAACUCAUUUUAGACCGGGGGCGCUCCAUCCAUCCAUUUUCUACCGCUUGUCCCUUUUGGGGUGGCGGGCGGUGCUGGAGCCUAUCUCAGCUGCAUUCGGGCGGAAGGCGGGGUACACCCUGGACAAGUCGCCACCUCAUCACAGGGCCAACACAGAUUGCAGCCAACUCGUUCCAGGACUGACUGUGGUAAACGCAUAUCCGCAAAGUAGGUUUAAUAUUAAUACAUUUUCAUAUUUUGAGCAUUUAAACUGUUUACGAGCUUCUAAAUUAUUACACAUUAGAACCCUCUCAACAUACAAACCCCGUUUCCAUAUGAGUUGGGAAAUUGUGUUAGAUGUAAAUAUA